AUGUAUGUCAUAGAUUUAAGGAAACUUCGUGCUAGAGAUCUCGGUAUUCCAUUUGACGGCACACCCGGUAAAUACAAUGCAAUAACAGAUGUCGAAGGUGUUCAAGUUGGCUUUAAAACAAUUAUCCAAGGUGAUUCUGUUCGGACGGGUGUUACUGCUAUAUUUCCACGUGGAACUGAUUUUACUACUCGGCAAUCUCCUUGUUUUGCAAAUUGGUUUAGUUUGAACGGAAAUGGUGAAAUGACUGGCAUACAUUGGUUGACAGAAUCUGGCUUUCUUACUAGUCCAGUCUUAAUUACAGGUACAACCUCUGUCGGCAUUGCUCAAAAUUCUAUUAUUAAAUGGUUUCUGAAGAAAAAUGAUUCUACCACGAUGUUCGACAUGGACGAUGUGCUUUUACCUAUUGUUGCUGAAACGUGGGAUGGAGAUUUGCAUGAUGCUUUUGGAUUUCAUUUGGAAGAACAACAUGUAUUUGAUGCAUUAGACAAUGCCAGAGAGUCCGGUCCAUUUGUUCAAGAAGGAAGUGUGGGAGGUGGAACGGGUAUGGUUUGUUUUGAUUAUAAAGCAGGAACAGGAACAAGUUCAAGAAUAACCGAAGGAUUAAAUUAUACAGUGGGCGUUUUAGUACAAGCAAAUUUUGGACUGAAGGGACAAUUAAUUAUUGCGGGUGUCCCUGUUGGUAAAGAACUAAUAAAAAUGGAAACGAAUUCUACUGUUCGAGAUAAAGAUGCUGGGUCGAUUAUCGCCAUAUUGGCUACCAAUGCUCCACUGCUACCCCAUCAAUUGAAACGUCUCGCGACUAGAGUGUCACUUGGAAUAGGUAAAUUGGGUAGCAGAGCUUCUGAUUCAUCGGGGGAUAUUUUCUUGGCUUUUUCUACAACUAAUGUUUUGGAUGUAACAUCAACCACCAAAACACUAGCUUUUCAAACAGCAAUUAAAUUUCAUAAUAAUAGGUAA